AAUAACAAUUAUGAUAAUGCUGGCAACAUUGAUUAUGAUACUUAUUUUGAUAUGUAGUUAGAAUUCCUGCCUCAUCUUUUGUGGUUUCCAGAGAGCUGGAGGCACUGGGGUACGCCGUGUUCAGUUAACCAUCAAAUCUCUCAGCUGAUCCUUCGCCCCGCUCAAAUAAGUUUGUUAAGAUAAAUCAGUAUUUUUAUACGAAGUAUCCAUCCACAACAAAGCUGCAUCUCCAAAGUGCUUUCUGAAACAGAGUGGGAAAGGCCAUAAAUCAAACUGUUCUAAACGGAAAUAACUGGGAAUAAUUCUUGUAAGGUCUAAAGAAUGGUAAACCAGCUGAGUGUGCUUCUGACCAAGAAGCUUCCAAACUUGUUCGUGGGCACCAUGACAAGAAAAGUGAUGCAAAGAACUGUUCUUUGCUCAUCAACUCUAAGAGCUCUGUCAAUAUUCCCUCAAAAUAUAAAUGCAGCUAAUACGAAGUGUCUCUCUGGGACAACAAACAAGUUUACUCUACCAGGUGAAAGCGUUACUUUACAAUGUGUUCGGUUCUGCAAUUUUUCAUCAGUUUCCACUGCCUUUCCACUCAAAGAGGAAACUAUAGCUCACAAAACUGUCCAAGAACUUCUUGACAUAUUUGCAGCAUCAAAAGAUUCAUUAGAAAAAGAGGAAUGUAUUGAGUUGUUGCGCAAGAUUGCAAGAGCUGUUUGGCAUGACGAUAACCAGAGGCUAGAACUGCAGAAGAUCAGGGCAGCAUCCGCAGAAGGUUGCAGUAUGUUUCGACGAUUGUUAAACCAUAUUGCUGAUAGUGUAGAAGAAUCAAAUUUAGAUGAUAAACUGGUGUCCACAAUUCUCUGGUCUCUUGAAAGAAUUGGAGAGACCAAUCAUCGUCUGUACAGGAGGUUUGAUAAAGGAAAGAUUGUUCUUUUAAAGGUGCGCUAACUCUGGUCACUUUUGACACAACAUUACUGUUUCUAAGAGUGGUUUUUAAUCCCCUUGGUUAACAUCUCUUCAAUAUUUGUAAAGGUUGCACAGUGCAGAUGUGCAUCUUUACUCCAUUUCCCAGAUCAGAAAGUAAUUCUACCUUUGAUGAGUUCUACAGUUCCUUGUGAAUUUGUUACAAGAAUAUGUAGUUCAUGCUGGCAAUAUCCUCUUUCUGAUGAGUAUGUAUACUAUCAUUACCUGCUUGUUAGAUAAUGUAUUAAAAUUGUAGGGAGAAGA